UCUAAUUCCAAUUUCUAUACAAUGAACUGAUAAAAUAAAAUCCACACAGUCUCAAAUUCCAGAAUCAAAAUUAAUCGAUGGCGUCUUCAACUAAAUUGAGCAGAACACACAGUAUGCGAGAGCGCGUUGAAGACACGCUUUCCGCUCAUCGUAAUGAAAUUGUUUCUCUUCUUUCCAGGUAUGUAGCGCAGGGGAAGGCUAUACUGCAACCUCAUCAAAUACUUGAUGAACUUGAGAAUAUAAUAGGUGAUGAUGCUUCACGUCAAAAGCUUAUUGAUGGUCCUUUUGGUGAAGUUUUGAAAACCUCUCAGGAAUGCAUAGUUCGGCCUCCAUUUGUAGCUUUAGCUGUUCGUCCGAGACCAGGUGUAUGGGAAUAUGUGCGUGUAGAUGCAUAUCAACUAAGUGUGGAGCAGCUGUCUGCUUCAGAAUAUCUCGUCUUCAAAGAAGAACUUGUCGGGCAGUAUAAUAGCUCUUAUAUACUCGAGCUGGAUUUUGAGCCAUUCAAUGCCUCAUUUCCUAGACCAACUCGCUCUUCAUCAAUUGGCAACGGAGUUCAGUUCCUCAACCGUCACCUCUCUUCUAGCAUGUUCCGCAACAAAGAGUCUCUGGAACCACUCCUUGAUUUCCUACGCACACACAGACAUAACGGGCAUGUAAUGAUGUUGAAUGAUCGGAUACAUAGCAUGACUAGACUUCAGUCUUCCUUGGCCAAAGCAGAGGAUUAUCUUUCUAAGCUGCCUUCUGAUACUGCCUAUUCUGAGUUUCAAUAUGAAUUGCAAGGAAUGGGUUUUGAGAGAGGAUGGGGAAACAAUGCUGAAAGAAUCCUCGAGAUGAUGCAUCUUCUCUCGGAUAUUCUUCAAGCCCCGGAUCCUUCCAUUCUGGAAACUUUUCUUGGUAGAAUACCAAUGGUCUUUGACGUUGUCAUAUUAUCAAUACACGGUUACUUUGGGCAAGCAAAUGUUUUGGGCUUGCCGGACACUGGUGGUCAGAUUGUAUAUAUACUGGAUCAAGUCCGUGCCUUGGAGAAUGAGAUGAUUCUUAAAUUAAAGCAUCAGGGACUGGAUAUCAAACCUAGAAUUCUAAUUGUGACUCGGUUAAUACCUGAUGCAAAAGGUACUUCUUGCAACCAGCGAUUGGAGAGAGUAAGCGGAACUGAACACACACAUAUAUUACGUGUCCCUUUCAGGACUGAGAAAGGGGUACUACGUAAAUGGAUCUCAAGGUUUGAUAUAUGGCCUUAUCUGGAGAAGUUUACAGAGGAUGCAGCAAGCGAGAUCUCUGCUGAGUUACAUGGUACCCCAGAUCUUAUCAUUGGAAAUUACAGUGACGGAAAUCUUGUUGCUUCUUUGUUAUCUUACAAAAUGGGAGUAACACAGUGCAACAUUGCUCAUGCUUUGGAAAAAACAAAGUACCCGGAUUCUGAUCUAUAUUGGAAGAAAUUUGAUGAGAAGUAUCACUUUUCUUGUCAAUUUACUGCUGAUCUUCUGGCCAUGAACCAUGCAGAUUUUAUUAUCACCAGCACAUACCAAGAGAUUGCAGGAACAAAGAAUACCGUUGGACAAUAUGAGAGUCACUCAUCCUUCACUCUCCCAGGCCUCUACAGGGUCGUUCAUGGUAUUGACGUCUUUGAUCCGAAGUUUAACAUUGUGUCUCCAGGGGCAGAUAUGACCAUAUACUUCUCAUAUACCGAGAAGGAAAAAAGACUAACAUCUCUUCAUAGUACAAUCGAGAAGUUGUUGUUUGACCCUGAGCAGAAUGACGACCACAUCGGAAAUCUGAGUGAUCGGUCCAAACCCAAGAUUUUUUCUAUGGCAAGACUCGAUCAUGUGAAAAAUAUCACGGGUCUGGUUGAAUGGUAUGCCAAGAAUAACAAGCUCAGGGAACUAGCAAAUCUUGUUGUGGUUGCUGGUUACAACGAUGUGAAGAGGUCCAGUGACAGAGAAGAAAUUUCUGAAAUCGAGAAAAUGCAUGAUCUUUUCAAGAAAUACAAAUUGGAUGGUCAGGUACGAUGGAUUUCAGCCCAAACAAACCGUGCUCAAAAUGGUGAACUUUAUCGUUAUAUUGCUGAUGGAAGGGGCGUCUUUGUACAGCCAGCUUUUUAUGAAGCUUUCGGGCUUACAGUUGUGGAGGCCAUGACUUGUGGCCUUCCAACAUUUGCUACUUGCCAUGGUGGUCCAGCAGAGAUAAUUGAAGAUGGUGUUUCAGGUUUCCAUAUUAAUCCAUAUCAUCCAGAUAAUGCAGCAGUCACUAUGGUGAAAUUUUUCCAGAAAUGCAAGGAAGAACCAGAUUACUGGGUGAAAAUAUCUGAAAGUGGGCUUAAAAGAAUAUACGAAAGGUACACUUGGAAGAUCUACUCUGAACGUUUAAUGACAUUAGCUGGAGUUUACAGCUUCUGGAAGUAUGUCUCGAAACUUGAGAGGCGCGAAACUAGGCGAUAUCUUGAAAUGUUCUACAUUCUUAAGUUCCGUGAUUUGGUGAAAUCAGUUCCACUGGCUGUUGAUGAGCCUUAGGAUGUAAGCCAUAAAGGUAGCCGUAGAUUGCACUACGACAGACUUGGCCUUUUAACCACGUGAUACGCACACUCCCUCAUCCUUUCUCUGUUGCUUUAAAGACUUUGAUGGGUCAAAUCGUUGGGCUCCACGCCAACGGUAAUACUAUAAUCCCUACUACAGUACUCCCCAACAUUUUUAUAUUUCUUGGAAUUAUUAUCCUAUCCACCUCUUUCCAAUUAUAAUGGUAGCUGUCUACAUUUGUCAUUUUGCUAUUUCUUCACAAGUGUAGCCUUGCUAACCCAUGUUUUCAUUCAAAACAGUUGUUCUUUGUAAGAAACAAAUCAUACUAUCUUCAAUGCUAUUUUUAGACGUUUAAACUUUUAA